AUGUCUAUAUCAGGCACAAUUACUUGUAAUCAGUUAGCAUGUCCAUCACGUGAAGAUGAUAAUGACUCUAACAAAUCUUCACUAAGUAUUAUUGUAAAAUGUUAUCGAGUGAGUGAUAAAGAAUCAAAACUUACAAUGGAAGAUUUGGUAUUGAAACACAACAAAUCUGCAGCAACUAUCACAUGUACAGUUGAAAAAUCAAAAUCACGAACUAGCAUUUCUCGUUGUGCUCAACCUAUUCUUUAUACGUGUGAUUACACUAUUGAGAAUUUAUCACCAGGUGUUUAUUCAGUCUUUGCAUAUGAAGAUUGUAAAGAAGCUAAUGGGUCAUUUGUUUAUCCUCAAAAACAAGCAUUUGGAUGGACUGUCAGCGGAAUAGCCAGUAAAUGGACUCAACAUACAAUUUCCAACUCGAAUACAAAUAUUAGAAAUGCGAAUAUUAUAUUACGUAAACCUCAUUCGUUCUUUGCUGUUGGUUAUCCACUUAAGACAGACACUGCACUAUUUUAUACAAUCAAUCGUGUGCCAAUAUUAUAUUUAAAUGCGACGUCACCUGUUGAUCGUGGUUAUUCACAUGGAUAUUUAUUAGCUCCUCAUAUACUGGAUUGGUUCUACUUCUAUCUAUUAGAAGAGAACUUUGGAUCAAUAGCAAGAUACAAAGAAUUCUAUACACUUGUCGAUCCAGCUGCAAAGUUCUUUCAUUAUCCUGUCGAAUAUUUGCUCGAAAUUCAAGGAAUUCUACAUGGAAUGCAAGCACGAACGAAUUGUGAUCUUUUUCUCUAUGAAUUAAAUCGAUCAUUUAAUCUUAUUGAUUUACUUGCAAUGAAUUCAUAUAUUGAACGUCGAACGGUAAGACCAGAUCCUUAUACAAUUGAGACUAUAAGAACUGGAACUACUGCAACCAAUAAUGCUACCAAUCGACCGAAUUGUAGUCAAGUUGCUGUAUGGAAUAGUUUAACGGCUGAUAAACGAGUAAUUGCAGGUCGUAAUAUGGAUGGCGAGUGUGAUAUUCGUCGUGUAACUGUAUCAACUACUUUAUUAUUUGCAGUAAAUAGUUCAGAUACGUCUAAACAGUAUCGUUACAUUAGCUUAAUGUGGCCUGGUAUGGUUGGCACUCUAUCAGGAGUAAAUGAAACUGGUUUGUAUUGCAUGGAAAAUGCUGGAUCUUCUCAAAUUGGUGGUCAAAUCAAAGGUUUAACACCGAUUUCAUAUGUAGCUACUCAUGUGUUACGAACAUUAAAUGCUCGUUCAGCCACAAUAACCAAUGUAAAAAGCGCGUUCGAGACAUUUGCAGCUGAUCCUACACUCAAUAAUGAUUCAAAAGUAUGGCCUGUUAUACGAGCUACUAAUGAAUUGAAAGGUCCAAUUUGUGGUCCUGGAUGUGUAUUUAUGCUAACUACAAAUUCAAAUGAAGCAGAUAAUGCAUUUAUAUUAGAAGGUGAUCGAUAUGGCGGAUGUAUCAGAAGAUCUAUGCAAGCACCACCUUAUAUUCCGGAUUGUAUAAUGGCAACUAAUCAUUUUCAUCUUUAUGAUAUUACUCCUUCACCAUACGAUGAUUUUCGUAAUUUUGGUUUACAUGUGAGCUUUAGUUCGGUACAUCGAUAUGAAAGUAUGCGUCAUCGUUUGGAAACGGAAUAUCUCUUGAAAAGGAACCUAACUCAUCUAAAUGUUGAGAAUGUUCGUUCAUUAUUACAAUCCGCGUGUGAAGGCUGGACUGAACAUGCGAUUGAAGUAGAACUUGAAUCAAAUGGCAAUAUUACAUUACAUAUUCAUUUGGCAGCAUCAGAAUUUGGAAUGUGGUAUGCACCGUAUGAAUGUGUUCGGACGAUCAGAUUCGAAGACUUAUUCACAUAA